AUGUGUAGGCUGGCUGGCGAUGUUGAGCAUUUCGGCGGAGCGUCGCCCGACCCCAACAAGGGUCGCGAGCUCCUGCCAACCAAUGUUAUCCCCAGACAUUACGACCUGACUCUGGAACCCGACUUGGAGAAGUUCACCUUCAACGGCCACGUCGUCAUCGAUUUCGACGUGCAAGAGGAGACCAAGUCCAUAUCUCUCCACACACUCGAGCUCGAUAUCCACAGCGCCCAUAUCAAGUCCGGCGACCAGGUUAUAAGUUCUUCCUCCUCCAUUACCUACGACGAGUCGAAGCAAGUGUCCACCAUCGAGCUCAAGGAUGCCGUUCCCAAGGGCAAGACGCAGCUCGAGAUCAAGUUCAAGGGCCAGCUGAACGACCUGAUGGCCGGGUUCUACCGCUCUACCUACAAGAAGCCCGACGGCUCCGAGGGAAUCCUAGCUACCACGCAGAUGGAGGCCAAUGACUGCCGACGGGCCUUCCCCUGUUUUGACGAGCCCAUGCACAAGGCCAAGUUCACCGUCACUCUAAUCGCCGACAAGCACCUGACAUGUCUGAGCAAUAUGGAUGUCGCCUCCGAGUCCGAGGUGCAGUCUGAGAUGAGCGGCACAGCCAAAAAGGCCAUCAGGUUCAACACGACUCCCCUAAUGUCCACCUAUCUGGUUGCCUUCAUCAUUGGCGAACUGAACCACAUCGAAACCAAGAAGUUCCGUGUCCCCAUUCGAGUGUACGCCCCUCCCAACUCGGACAUUGAGCAUGGCCGGUUUUCGCUUGAACUCGCAGCCCGGACUUUGGAGUACUACGAGAAGAUCUUUGGAGCCGAAUUCCCUUUGCCCAAGAUGGACAUGGUAGCCAUUCCUGACUUUUCUGCGGGAGCUAUGGAGAACUGGGGUCUGAUCACCUACCGCACUGUUGAGGUGAUGCUGGACGAGAAGGCCAGCGGCGCCGCGACCAAGGAACGUGUGGCAGAAGUUGUGCAGCACGAGCUGGCGCACCAAUGGUUCGGUAACUUGGUGACUAUGGACUGGUGGGAAGGCCUUUGGCUAAACGAAGGCUUCGCUACUCUUAUGAGCUGGCAGAGCUGCGACCACUUCUACCCGGAGUGGAAGGUCUGGGAAAGCUACGUGUCCGGUACUCUUCAAAGCGCCCUUGGCCUAGAUUCGCUGCGAAGCAGUCAUCCCAUUGAAGUGCCCGUCAAGCGCGCCAGUGAAGUCGAUCAGAUUUUCGAUGCCAUCUCGUAUUCCAAAGGAUCAUGCGUCCUUCGCAUGAUAUCGACAUACCUCGGUGAGGAAACGUUCUUGGAGGGCAUCCGGCGAUACAUCAAGAAACACGCAUACGGCAACACGCAGACCGAAGAUCUUUGGGCUGCUCUUGAAGAUGCCAGUGGUAAACCUGUCAAGGAAAUCAUGUCCAUCUGGACCAAGAACGUUGGCUACCCUGUGGUGCAGGUCACCGAGAACCCUGAGGAUAGUUCGAUCCAUGUGAAGCAAAACCGCUUCCUACGGACUGCUGAUACGAAGCCCGAGGAAGACGAAGUGUUAUACCCUGUCUUCUUGGGCCUCCGAACGAAGGACGGUGUGGACGAGUCUCUAACGCUGUCAAAGAGGGAUGGGGUCUACAAGGUCCCCGAUACGGAUUUCUUCAAACUGAACGCGAACCACACAAGCCUUUACCGAACGUCUUACUCUCCAGAGAGACUAGCGAAGCUUGGUCAGUCAGCCAAGGAGGGGCUACUGACAGUUGAAGACCGAGCUGGUAUGAUCGCUGACGCGGCUGCUCUUGCGUCGUCCGGUUACCAGAAGACUUCGGGUGUUCUGGACCUACUGAAGGGUUUCGAUACCGAGGAGUCCUUCGUGGUGUGGAGUGAACUCAUCUCCAGGGUUGGUGUUGUUCAGGGCGCGUGGGUGUUCGAGGACCAGGCAGUCAAGGAUGGCCUACAAGCUUUCGUCAAGGACCUCGUUAGUGAGAGAGCCCAUAAAUUGGGUUGGAACUUCUCGGACAAGGAUGGUCACAUUGAGCAACAAUUCAAGGCUAUGAUGUUCAGUGCUGCUGGAACGUCUGGUGACGAGGAGAUCAAGGCUGCGGCCAAGGAGAUGCUUACUAAGUACAAUGACGGCGACAAGUCGGCUAUCCACCCGAACAUACGGGCUAGCGUUUUCAGCAUGAAUCUCAAGUAUGGCGGAGUGGAAGAGUACGAUGCGAUCCUCAACAUCUUCCGUACCUCGAGCAACACUGACGAGCGGAACACGGCUUUGCGGUGCCUCGGGCGCGCGAAGAACCCCGAGCUCAUCCAGAGAACGAUAGGCCUCAUCCUAGGCAACGAGGUCAAGAGCCAAGAUAUGUACCUCCCAGCGGGUGCCUUGAGAAGCCACCCCGAGGGCAUUGAGGCCUUGUGGACCUGGCUGACCGAGAAGUGGCCCGAGAUCAACAAGCGGCUGAGCGGCACCCCGUCCAUGCUUAGUACGAUGGUCACGCUGUGCACGUCCAGCUUCACGAAGCCAGAGCAACUUGAGAGAGUCGAGAAAUUCUUCAAGGAUGUCGACACCACGGCCUUUGACCAGUCGCUAGCGCAGAGUAAGGAUAGUGUCCGCAGCAAGAUCUCUUGGCUAGAGCGUGAUCGCGACGACGUGGCAGCAUGGGUCAAGAAGAACGGCUACAAGGCCAGCCUGUGA